AGAUUGAUCGGACCGUGUUUACGUUAUUUUCUCGACUACCGAUUUUGUAUUUUUCUGGACACCGUCAAUAUUUCUCGUCACUCUGCUCCUCGGAACUGUGAACGCGCAUGUGUGCGCGGCCGCGCUCAUUAGCGAGCCCAGGCGGAAUUCGCAGCGACCGUCACCGAGCCGCGGAGCGACGGCUGAAGUGGAAAGACACCUCAGCUGCAGACAUGAGCCACUUUUCCACUGGAACUGGAAGUUCUUCGGGCUUUUCUCAAGGAUAAGUGCCGGGUGAGCCAGCGACGGACCAUUUAAUUCAGCGGAAAUGCAGGGGAAUUAAAGAGAAUUUCCCCGUGUGGCUCCAAACGCCUCAGCACAGGCUGAGAAGACGAGCUCCGGCUGCCGCUUGACUUCUCCGGCGAUUUACCUCGGCUCGCGAAGUGUUAAUGAUGUGAGUUGGUGGUCUCUGGAGCACAGUAAAGGACGUCCCAGGCCUAGCAGCUGCUAAUGGGAAAUCUUGCUCCACCAUGAGUUUUUGUGAUGGCGUUAGUGGCAUGGGCACUCUGGGUCGGCGCCAGCGCUUUGAGAACUCGGAGUUUACUGUUCGCAUCUACCCUGGAGACCUUGCUGAGGGCACCAUCUACUGCCCGAUCAGCGCACGCAAGACCACCACCGCUGCGGAGGCCAUCGAGCGCGUCAUUGAGCGCCUUCAGCUGGACCGCACAAAGUGCUACGUUCUAGCAGAGGUGAAGGAGUUCGGUGGGGAGGAAUGGAUCUUGAACCCCAGCGACUGUCCUGUACAGAGGAUGAUGCUGUGGCCUCGUGGGGCCCUCGAGCAUCGGUCUGUGUCUGGUGGAGAGGAUUACCGUUUCCUGCUUCGCCUGAAGAACCUGGACGGCUCUAUUCACUAUGGAGGAAGUCUACAAAUGUGGCUGCAGGUCACAGAGGAGCGCAGGCGCAUGGUGGAGCGUGGACUGCUGCCUCAGCCUGAAACCCAAGGUGACCACGCCGAUCUGUGUCACCUACCGGAGCUAAAUGAGCGCUCGCUGCUGGACAACCUGCGCUCACGCUUUCGCCAGGAAAAAAUCUACACUUAUGUCGGAAGCAUUCUCAUUGUCAUCAACCCUUUUAAGUUUUUGCCCAUAUACAAUCCCAAGUAUGUGAAGAUGUAUGAUAAUCAUACACUGGGACAGUUGGAGCCGCAUAUAUACGCUGUGGCGGAUGUGGCUUACCACGCAAUGCUGCAGAGACAAAGGAAUCAAUGUAUCGUUAUAUCUGGAGAGAGUGGAUCUGGCAAGACUCAAAGCACCAACUUUCUCAUCCAUCACCUGACUGCUCUGAGUCAGAAAGGUUUCGCCAGUGGAGUGGAGCAGAUCAUCUUAGGAGCAGGUCCGGUACUGGAGGCUUUUGGGAAUGCCAAGACUGCCCACAAUAACAACUCUAGCCGCUUUGGCAAGUUCAUCCAGGUGAACUACCAGGAGAGUGGAACUGUGAGGGGAGCAUAUGUGGAGAAGUAUCUUUUGGAGAAGUCCAGGCUUGUCUAUCAGGAACACAAUGAGCGAAACUACCACGUGUUUUACUACCUGCUGGCAGGGGCUAGUGAAGAAGAGAGGACAGCCUUUCACCUGAAGAAGCCUGAAGAAUACCAUUACCUCAGUCAGAUGACCUCAACAACACACCAACUGUACUGGAACAGUUACUAUGAGAGUGAGCCGGACUGCUUCACCGUUGAAGGAGAAGAUCUGAAGCAUGACUUUGAGAGGCUCCAGCUUGGGAUGGAAAUGGUGGGCUUUCUACCUGCCACCCGCAAACAGAUUUUUUCUUUGCUCUCUGCCAUUCUUCAUCUGGGAAACAUCCAAUACAAGAGGAAAACAUACAGGGACGACUCUAUUGACAUUUGUAAUCCUGAGAUGCUGCCUGUGGUCUCAGAGCUGCUGGAGGUGAAAGAAGAGACACUGUUUGAAGCCUUAACAACGAGAAAGACCAUCACUGUGGGAGAGAAGCUGAUCGUUCCGUACAAACUUGCUGAGGCUGGAACCGUCCGAGACUCCAUGGCCAAGUCUUUGUACAGUGCCCUAUUUGACUGGAUCGUCUUCAGGAUCAACCACGCUCUGCUCAACAUUAAGGACCUGGAGGAAACGACAAAGAUCCUGUCCAUUGGUGUCCUGGAUAUCUUUGGAUUUGAAGACUAUGAAAACAACAGCUUUGAACAGUUCUGCAUCAACUUUGCAAAUGAGCGACUCCAGCACUACUUCAACCAGCACACCUUCAAACUGGAACAGGAGGAAUACAGGGCGGAGGGCAUCAGCUGGAGGAACAUCGACUACAUAGAUAACACAGCCUGCAUCAACCUGAUCAGUAAAAAACCCACGGCAUUGUUCCACCUUCUGGACGAGGAGUGCAAUUUCCCUCAAGCCUCCAACCAGACCUUAUUGGACAAAUUCAAGAGGCAGCAUGAAGGAAACAGUUACAUCGAGUUUCCUGCUGUCAUGGAGGCUGCUUUCAUCAUCAGACACUAUGCUGGCAAGGUCAAAUAUAGCAUCAAGGACUUCAGGGAGAAGAACACAGACCACAUGCGUCCUGACAUCGUGGCCCUGCUGAAGAGCAGUAAGAAUGCCUUCAUCUGCGGUCUGAUCGGCAUCGACCCGUCUGCUACCUUCCGUUGGGCGGUCCUGCGAGCCUACUUCAGGGCCAUGGUGGCUUUUAGACAAGCUGGCAAAAUGAGCACUCAGAAGAAGACCGGGCAUGAUGAUGCUGCUCCCUGUGCAGUUGUGAAAAGUGUGGAUAGUUUUAGCUUUCUGCAUCACCCCGUGCACCAGAGAAGCUUAGAGAUCCUGCAGAGAUGCAAAGAGGAGAAGCACACUUCAGAUGAGAGCGAUAAUGAAAACGGUGUGCCCAGAAAAAGUCCAAGGACGCCACUGUCUGACCUCCAAGGCAGCAACAAUGAGAGAACUCCACGGGGUUCCCCGAGUCCUGGCUGGAAUGGUCGUGUGGGCCGACAGAGCCGGUUGUCGUCCAGCAGCUCAGUUACAGAUGAGGACAACAUUUUUGUCAACUCCACCAACAGCAAGCUCCUGGAGAGAGCGCACGACAUCAUCAUGAGAAACAAAAACUACAAACACAAGCCAGUGCUGCCGAAGCACUUGCUAAACGUCAAGUCCCUUAAGUACCUGAGCAACCUCACCCUUCACGACCGCAUCACCAAGUCACUGCUUCACCUUCACAAGAAAAAGAAACCUCCCAGUAUCAGUGCACAGUUCCAGGCCUCUCUCAAUAAGCUAAUGGAGACUCUGGGACAGUCCGAGCCUUAUUUCGUCAAGUGCAUCCGUUCGAAUGCUGACAAGCUGCCUUUACGGUUCAAUGAUAACCUGGUGCUUAGGCAGCUGCGGUACACUGGGAUGCUGGAGACUGUGCGCAUCCGACAGUCGGGCUACAACAUCAAGUACAGCUUCAAGGAUUUUGUCCACCACUUCAAUGUGUUGCUGCCUGAGGGCAUUGGUGCUACCAGAGGUGACAUCCAGGACAAUCUGGAUCAGCUCGACCUGGAACCAGAUGACUACCAAGUCGGCAAAACAAUGGUGUUCCUGCGGGAAGUGGCGCGUCAGCGGCUGCAGGCCUUGCUCCACAAAGAAGUUAACAGGCUCAUUGUGAUGCUACAGCAGCGGUUCCGAGCCUUGCUGGAGAGGAAACAGUUUGUCAGGAUGAGAGAGGCGGCGGUUUGUAUCCAGAAAUGGUGGCGUCGACACAGCCACAUGGGUGAAAAAGACGAUCGGGAGUAUAGCAUCAAGCAGGGAGCAGCCGUGUGUAUACAGAGACACUGGCGAGGUUACAGGCAGCGCGAGAGGUUGAAGCUGUGGAACGGUGCUGCGGUGGUCCUCCAGAAAUCCUGGAGGCUAUGGCUCGAUCGGCGCUGCACUGCAGCCCUGGUUAUUCAGGCAGCCUGGCGCUGCCAUCAAGCCAGGGAAUCGUACCUGCGGCUGUACGCUGUCACUCUUCAACUCCAGGCCCUUGUCAGAGGCUUCCUUGCCAGGCGGAGAUUCAAAAGGCUGAAAGAAGAAAAGCUGGAGGAGCAGAAGGAGCAGCAGGAGAAGUUGCUUCAGCUGCAGAAUGAGCCAUCGCCAGAAGAAGGCUUGUCUUCAGGGAGAAUAAUGAGUAAUGAGGAUCUUCGUGACACUAAAGAGCAGAAAAAUACCAAACUUGAAAUGUGGGCGUCUGAGAAGCAACAUCCUGGGAAAGAGGAGCGAUCUUCAUCUGUAAACUCUGAAUCACUCGACUCGGUUUCGGGAGUUGUUGUCCGUGAGAAGAGCCAGACGAACACCCGGUCCAAGAGAGAGAGUCGCAGGAUGCGAGAGUUGGAGCAGGCAAAGUUCAGCCUUGAGCUCCUUAAGGUGCGAGCCCACACUGGUGGGGCAUCGUCUCCCUCUGAAGACAAACGCUGCUCUGUUGAGCUAUUGCCUCCCACGACUCCCCCGCUGUGUUCACCACAGGGAACACCAGACAGCCAGAGCUCCAAGGGCAGUUUUGAGCUUUUAACAACAGACGAGGAGGCUCCUAAAGCUGUGGAGGAGGUGACAGACAGUGAGGACCUUUGCUCCCCUAUUACCUCAGAACCUUCGAUUAUAGAACCUGCCACACAGCUCGAUGAUCUGAAGCAGAUGCUGGUGUCUCAACCUGUCCCACUGUCUGUUAACCAGAGUCGUGCUAAUGUGGAUCUGGCAGCGGCACCAUUCUCAAAUUUGCCCAAAAUUGAAAACUACCUCCCAACGUUUUACGUCCCUGCUAAAGAAAGCACUCCAGUUAUUCCUCGGUCUGUUACUGAAGAACCUCCACAAAGUAUGGAGACAAACCUUCCUACAACUCAUCCUUCGAUAUCAGUGAAACCUGUUAAAGAAAGGCGAGAAUCAAUCCGCCGACCGGUGGUGGUGGUCAUCAGCAUGCAGAAGGAAAUUCCAGUGAGUGAAGAGCAGAGCAGCUUUGUCUCUCCAGCUGUGGCACCCCAAGAUCUGGAACCCCAUGAAGGAGGUCCCUCUGCUCCUCACACUGCGGCUCCUGUUGUCUCUCAAGCUGACCCAGUCGUUCUGGAGAAGCUGCUGAGGCUGAAUGAAGAAAAGGAGGAGAGGCAAAGGAAUCAGCAACAGCAGAAUGAGAGAAACAUGAUGGAGCAGAUUAGACAGCAGAAAGAAGUUUUGGAGCGUCAGCGUCUGCACUUUGCUCAGUUUGAGAGAGACCGCUUUGAGAAGCAGAAGGGAGAAGCUCUGCAGAAGAUACAACAGAGCAGGAUUGCCAGCACUGAAGGUCCUGCAGCUCCUGCCUCGAACAAACCACCUAGACCUAGCUCUUUGUUAAUUGAGAGAAUAUCAGGACAUGUCCCCCACAACAGGACCCAGUCAGAGUCCACUAGCCCACCUCCUGGGUCUGGCCAGAGCAAAGGUCAUCAUACGCAGCCUCCUCCGCCUGCCUCUGCUCCCACAGAGAGACGUAGGGAUCCUAAAACGAGGGCUGAGGGCUGGGCUCCUAAACUGGUCCUGGAGUCCAAGAAUCCAGGAACCUCCAGAGGGACAACUUCCACCAAGAGGACUCAGCUAAGCUUGGGAACCAAAGUUGGCUUGACGGAAAAGUCUGGGAACAUCUUCUUCUCUCCGAAAGACAAAGUGACUUUCACAAAAUUUGAUGGCGAAGUCAUCUCGAAAGAGUCGCCUGCAGUCAGUCCAAAAGACGGACCAGCACCAGUCAUUAAGCUGCCCAGAGGAAAAGCUCGGGAUGUUGGCAGAGCCGGCCAAAAAAAGAAAGCUAGAAUGGCCCGGACCCGCUCCGACUUCCUCACACGAGCCCCCAUCCUCUCAGUCGGGGGUGAUUCAGAUGAGGAUGACUAUGAGGGUCCCAGACAUUACACACUCCCCCUGCCCAAGCAGAGCGCCGUGGAUGCAGACUUAGGAGGGCCCUGUUUCAGUGACUCGGACAUGCCGGCUGAGGAGCAGAAGGGCCUGCACAAAGUCCUGUCGUCUGGAGAUUUGGGGAAAGUUGACUCCAUGAGGAAGAAUUCCCAAGAUGGAAGAGUUCGAGGUAGGAUGCGUUUCUGGGGCAAGACCAAGUAUGGGGAAAAGAAGACUUCCAGAGAAAAGCUGAUAUGUGGAUCUGAUUCCCUGGAUGGGGAAUCUGGAGAAACUGGAAUUUCACUGGGAGACGCAGGUCAGGAGAACAUGUCGCCUCCAUGUAGCCCUGAUCUGACAGUGGAUCGAGAUUUGAAAGACCUCAAGGAGAACAAGAAACCAUCUCCCAAAGUGAAAAGGAGGCGCAGCGUUAAGAUUAGCUAUGUGACGCUGGAGCCGGCUCCGUGGCAGAACGAGUCCAUGCAGAUUCUCACCUGCACCAAUGACUACAGGAGCAUGAAUGACUUCCUCAUGAGGAAGAUCAAUGACUUGGACACUGAGGACAGCAAGAAGGACACCAUGGUCGAUGUUGUGUUUAAAAAGGCUUUGAAGGAGUUUCGACUGAACAUCUUCAACUCUUACUCCACAGCUUUGGCAAUGGAUGAUGGGAAGAGUAUCCGCUACAAAGACCUCUACGCUCUAUUUGAACAAAUCCUGGAGAAGACCAUGCGGCAAGAGCAGAGGGACUGGAGGGAAUCGCCAGUCAAAGUUUGGGUCAACACUUUUAAAGUGUUUCUGGAUGAGUUCAUGAUGGAGAACAAGCCGCUGGACAACACACUCAGCAGGCAGGCGCCAAAACCUGAGCGCAAAAAACGGAGGAAAAAGGACACCGAUGUUGUGGAGGAGCAUAACGGCCACAUCUUCAAGUCCACGCAGUAUAGCAUCCCCACCUUCUGUGAAUAUUGCAUGUCGCUCAUCUGGAUGAUGGAUCGGGCCUGCGUCUGCAAACUGUGCCGAUACGCCUGCCACAGAAAGUGCUGCCAAAAGAUGACCACCAAAUGCAGUAAGAAGUUUGACCCAGAGCUUUCCUCAAGACAGUUUGGUGUCGAGGUCUCUCGCCUGACAAACGAUGAACGAACGGUCCCCCUGGUGGUGGAGAAGCUCAUCAACUAUAUCGAGAUGCAUGGCCUUUACACCGAAGGAAUAUACCGGAAAUCAGGCUCAGCUAAUAAAAUCAGAGAGCUCAAGCAAGGGCUGGACUCAGAUGCAGAGAACAUGAAUUUGGACGACUACAACAUCCACGUCAUUGCAAGUGUUUUCAAGCAGUGGCUGAGGGAUCUGCCCAAUCCGCUGAUGACCUUUGAGCUCUAUGAGGAGUUUGUUCGUGCCAUGGGUUUGCUGGAUAAAAAAGAAACAACCAGAGGAGUGUAUUCGGUAAUCGACCAGCUGAGCCGAACCCAUCUAAAUACCCUGGAGCGGCUUAUUUUCCAUCUUGUCAGAAUCGCUCUGCAAGAGGAAACUAAUCGGAUGUCUGCAAACGCCUUGGCCAUUGUUUUUGCUCCCUGCAUUCUCCGCUGUCCCAACUCCAUCGACCUGAUGCAGAGUGUCCAAGACAUCGGCAAAACCACAGCCUGUGUAGAACUCAUCAUCUGUGAGCAGAUGACCAAGUACAAAAUGCGCCUGAAGGACAUCAACACUCUGGAGUUUGCUGAGAAUAAAGCCAAGUGCAGACUCACACUCAUCAGAAGAUCAAUGAAAAACAUGAAAAAGGGAAAAGGCCACGUCCGACGCCUCAGCUACAACACGCCUUCGUCUCCAGUUAGUCCACGCCUUCCGUCAGUUUCGUCCACGGUGAUUGAAGAGAGCGAAGGGGGCGAUGCGGCAGAAUCUUUGACGGACAUUUCGGAUCACCAGGAAGCAGCCAUGCAGAAGGAAGAGAGAGACUUGGCUGAGCACAUUGAGUACCUGCAGAAAGAGAAAGAGGAGUUGACUUUUGAAAUGUUGACUCUGGAGCCUCGAGCAUCUGACGAUGAGACCUUGGAGUCAGAAGCAUCUAUUGGUACAGCUGACAGCUCCGAAAACCUCAAUGUGGACUCUGAGGGGACCACAUCUGAUUUCUCUGAAAGAGGUCCAGGUAUGAUGUCCCACUGGUCUUUGAGACCCGAUGAUCGGAGUCCCCGCCGCCGCCGCACCCUCAGGAGACAACCGGACUCUGUGGACUCCGUGGACUCCUCCUCCAGCGUUUCCUCCUACUCGUCCUCAUCACACUUCCAGCCGGUUUCCUCGUCCACCAACAGCCAUGUCUUUUGUUUCCACUCCAAGUCUCCGCCCUUAAACUCAGGUGGGGCCCACGGCGUGAGCACAUUGCCGGGGUCUCGCACUAGCAGCAUGGAGAGCAGUCCUGCGACCGAGCAAGACAGUGAACACAACGAAAGAUCCCAGUUUACUAGCAGAGCCACUUUCAAUGCUGAGAAAGGCAAGCAGAAACUGAGGGGGGCCCGGCACUCGAACCUGAGGCACCCUAGAGACGGCGGCGGCCGUAGCAGAGACCCUCCAGAUUUGUCGCCACAGCUGUUGCUGUUAGGCAACAAUGAAUUUAUGGUAUGAAGGACUUUGAUAGCCAUCACUCUUCCCAUUUAUUUCUGUAAAACCCUGCUUAGAAUUUCCCGAAAGUGCCGUGAAUCAAGAUGCCACACAAGAUGUUUAACUAAAGGUACAAGAAUCGGAGAGAGCUCUUCUCUGGUGCACAUCACGACCACCUUGUGUCUCUUCCUGCCUUGGCAGCUUUUAUUCCAAGAGGUAAUGCACUGAGCAGGACAAUGAAAGGGAAAGUGUGAACAGGUGAAUGACCACUUGACUUCAGGGAACGUUCCGGGCCGGACAGCAAAGCAGUUGUCUUUUUUCUUACCCCCAACACCACAGAGGACGUCAGGAGGCGCUGAUGCUGGGCUGAGAUUAAGUGCUAAAUAUUUAGCUGUGUUGCGUUUACAAUACAGUCUACAUGGUGGAUGAUCAACUGCUACAAAUCCCUUUAUGCUUAUUUAAUAUAUUUUAAAGUCACAUGAAUAUUUUAGCAUAUAAUAUACAGGUAUAAAUACUGUACAAAGCCGGAACACCAGCCUGUGCUGGGUAGUUGAAGUCAAUAUUUAUCUUUUGUUUUUUUGUUUUUUUUUGUUUGGACAAAUUGUAAGGAUUCAGGCUGUGUAUGAUUUGUUGUUGUGUGAGAGUGCAUGUGUGUGUGCAAGGAAGCAAGAAAACCACUCGGUGUGUUUUAAGUCUGCUGCUUUUCCCCCUCCACAAGGGGGAAUGUCGCCAUUAAAGGGACCAAGUGAGCUGGUUUGAAGUUCCAGCCAAGGUGAUCCAUGUAUUAAGUCUCUGCAUCGACUCCUUAACAGCCAUAAACCAAUGUUAUUGUACAGUACUGGAUAUGUACAAUGAAAUGCCAUUCUAUUAUUGACCUGUUGUUGACCUCCCAACACCCUUGACCCCCAUUUUUGUCUCAAUUGUUUUCUCAAUAGCAACCAACAUAAACCUGAA